CACCUCACACGAAGUAUAUAUCCGACUAAUGACAUUACAAAGGGGUAUAUUUCGGUGCUGCAGUAUCGUUUGAAUGGAUACAUCUUGAUGAUGGACGAGGAUGAUGGAUAUAUCUUAUGGUCAAGUCUUUGGAAAGUCGACGUUAUAGAAUUGCUCCGAUUAAGACCAGAUCUUGCCCGGUCAGCACGAAUUGUCAAGGACGGUGAAAGCCAAAUUCGGGGUACUUGGUUGCCGUAUCAAGUACGCUUAGAAGACUAUCUCAACUGUCAAAUGCCGAUUGCUUGGCCUAUCCGAGAUCAGUUGACUCCAUUCUUUGGGUAA